AUGGCGAUCGUCGCCUACCAGGUCGAUGCCGUCGAGCGAAGCAUGGACGAGAAGCUUCCCGAAAUCCUCCCGUACGUGCUGGACGCAGACUUGCUGUCGAUCGCCACGCUUCACCGCACGCGGCGCGUCGCGCGCGUGUGGAAGUCGCAGGCCGAAAUCAUGCUCGCCGGUCUUCCGUCCGUUGUUGUCCUGGGCGGUGGCUCCUUCGGUUCGGGGUACGCAGCCGUGUCCACAUACCGCUCGGUGGAGGCGCUCGAUCUUUCCCGCAUGGCAUUCGUGUCGAUGCCUCCGAUGAAGUCGGCGUGUACCGAUUUCUCCGCGGCAGUGACUAAGGACGCGUCGGGCGCGACAAAGAUCGUCGUGCUCGGUGGCGUCCACCGCCGCCCUACACAAGUGGCAACGCCAUGGUGCGAGGGCCCCAAGGCGGAGCUCAUGAAUGGCGUCGAGGCCUUCGACCCGGCCACGGCGGAUUGGGAGUGCCUGCCGCCACUCCCCCUGUCCCUCGCCGGCGCGGUCGCUGUGGCCCCCGACGGUGGCCGCGGUGAGCUCCUAGUCUUCGGCGGUGGCCGCAAGAGCAAGCCGGGCGAGACGUUCGUCGUGCCGGAGGGGGCGCCGGCGUUGAACCAGCACCUUCGCACCUACCUCAGCGGUGGCCCGUACGCGAUGCUGCAGACGGCGAUGACACAGACAGCGCACGACGGCUCGAUGGCACUGCCGACGGGCGGCGGCGACCUCAAGUGGCGUCCCUCGGACCGCACCUUUGCCCUCAAGACACGUCCGGGCGAGUCGACACCGAGGUGGGAGGAGCGCGCGCCGUUCCCCCCGUUCGACCGCGAGUGGAUGGGCGGCAUCACCCAGCCUGGCGUCGUCGGCGUGCGCGGCGGCGCUGUCGUCGCGGUCGGCGACGAGAUCGUGCGCGUGGGCGAGUACAACUAUUUGUCCAUACCAAGCGAGAUAUUCUCCAACCAGGUGAGCGUGUAUCGCGCGGCCUCCGACGAGUGGCUGCCGGUCGAGAUCACGACCGCGCCCCCCGCCCACCCCGGCGCCAAUGUGCACGGUGCCCGGGGUGUGGUGGCGCUCGGUGCGUCAGACGGCCACUUGGCCGUCCUCGGCGGCAAGACCGACUUCUCAGCGGUGGGGCGCAACGUGACGGCGGUGCGCUCGCUCGUCGUCACGGUGUCGCCAAGCGAGGGCGGCGCGACGGCGCAGUGGGCUGACCGCGCGAUGCUGCCGCCGCUGCCGGUUGCCCUCAACGGUUUCGGCUGCUGCGCCGUCGGCCGCACGAUCUUCGUCGCCGGCGGUGCGACGCGGGAGAUCCACCCGCUGCACCCGAUGAUACAUCGCGACAUGCCGUCGGACAGCGCGUUCAUGCUCGACAUCGACACCAACAAGUGGAUCAAGCUACCCACGAGCUUGCGCCUCGAACGCCACGAACCGUGCCUCGUGACCGCGCGCGUGCUCACACCCGCCGUGCGUGCGUUCGGCGAGCGCGCCAAACAGGGCCAAGAGGACGACGCCGUCAAGGAGGACUUCCACCGCGCCGAGAUGGGCGCGCAGGUUGGCUGCACCAUCGCAUGA